CUGAAAUAACGAGUGGACGUCUGUACAUUUCCAAGCCGACGUUACUAAGGCAUAUGGCUAGUAAAGCCCAUUUUCUUUCUUAUACUGGUGUCCCCACUACUCUUUAAAAAUUCCGCCGAAAAAGAGAAGACGAUUUUCCAAAACAUUUUGGCCGUUAUCUCACGGCUCCCUUCUCGCUAAGCAGGUGUAUAAGCGCUACCCAGAAGGCCUAGGGGAGGUUCUAUACCGCGAGCAGUUCGACUUCAACGCUGAGCCGCCUUGGGAUCCUAGUUGAUAGCGGGAGAGGUCCAUCUCCCAUCUUGUCCAUUUUGUUGCAUACGUACAGGACCCCAUAGGCUCACUCUCUUUAUGAUUGUCGGAUUUGCGGAAUACGGUUGAAAUGAAAGGAUUUGCUGAUGAACCCAACUAUGUCAUUGAACUACUGGACGGAGGGUCCACCCUGGAAGAUGUCAUCGACAGCCACAUCUAUGAACAAGCUCUGGCUGAAAAGAAUGCAUUUGUUGUGGCCGACAUUGGGGCCCUAAUGCGCCAGCAUAUUCUCUGGCAGAGCGUAAUGCCCCUGGUUCGACCUUUCUAUCCAGUCAAAUGCAACAGCAGCCCUGCAGUUAUAGAGGUCCUUGCUGCCCUGGGAGUCGGGUUCGUCUGUACAAACAAGGCUGAAACUACACUGGUACUCAGUCACGAUGUCCCCCCGGAGAACAUCAUCCUGGCUGGUGUCUGCAAGCAGCUGUCCCACAUCAAACAUGCAGCAAAGAACGGCAUCAACUACCUGCUGUGUGAGAACGAGGCAGAGCUCUGCAAAAUCGCCCGUGCCCAUCCCAAUGCCAAGCUGCUCCUGCAGGUAUCCACAGAGAGCCAGGCAGAGGAAGCAAGCAUGGCAUUAGGGUGCUCCCUGAAGAAAUGCCGGCACCUUCUGGAGAUGGCCAAGGAACUGGGUGUGCAGGUGGAGGGUGUUACUUUCCAGGUACCAGCAUCAAACAAGGACCCCCAGGCUUACACUAAUGCUCUGUCAGAUGCCCGCUGUGUUUUUGAUAUGGGGGAAGAACUUGGCUUUAGCAUGAAGAUCCUGGACAUGGGAGGUGGAUUCAGUGGCUCAGAGUUUCAGAUGAGACAGACUCAUGCUGCUAUCAAACCAUUGCUGGACGCUUAUUUCCCUGUUACCUCUGGAGUACAAGUCAUCGCCGAACCAGGGAGUUUCUAUGUGUCCUCCAUUUUCACUUUGGUUGUCAGUAUCAUUGGCAAGAAGGUGGUGGCCAGAGAUCUCUGUGGCCAACCUCAGGAUGAGCUGACCUCCAACGACGAGCCAGAAUUCAUGUACUAUAUGAGCGAUGGCGUGUAUGGGUCUUUUGUCGGCAAAUUGUUGGGAAAUACCAUUCCCUCCCCUUCAGUACACAAGAUGUCCAUGACGGCAGAAGAGCCUGUGUUCUCCAGCAGCCUGUGGGGACCCUCGUGUGACAUGCUGGACCAGGUGGUGGAGCAUUGCCUCCUUCCUGAGCUGGCUGUGGGGGACUGGCUUAUCUUUAAUAACAUGGGGGCCAGUGGGCAGGAGGAGCCAGCAGCCUUCAGCGAUCCAGAGAAGCCACCUGUCUACUAUACCAUCUCCAUGCGCGACUGGUUUGAGAUGCAGAAGGCAGGGAUCUCUUUGGACAACACCAUGAAGAACUUCUCUUUGAUCCACUAUGGCAUGUAACUGGCCCAGGAUGAAGUCCAACUCCGUCCUCAAACCUUUGGACAUCUGAAUGGCCUGUAUAGUCAACAUUCCAACAGCCGCUGAAGGGCAAAAUUCUAAUUGGUCAGCAGGGGGAAGAAAAAGACUGAUGUCAUUGGGAACACAAAACAAUUGGUGUCAAUACCUCAAUUCUCAAAACGUAUAACUCGCUUUCCUCAUAAGCCAAAAGGAAUCCCAUAUUCAAUAACUACAUAUGCAACAAAAUGGAUGACUGUGGAGAUGGAGCCCAACUUUUGGGUUUCUUAAUCAAGUACAGUUUACAUAAAUGUUCGAUUAAUUUAAUUUUAUUAUAUAUACAUAUAUAUAUAUAUAUAUUGAUUACCUGCUGACAGUCUUGUAAAUGAGUUGUAUGUUCAACAUUAUACAGUUGUCUGUAUGAAAAUCAAGUGUGAUUUAAUAAUAUUAGCACUUAGUAUCAGCACAGGUGUGCAGUUGCCCAUUCUGUAGAUUGACUUUGUGAACAUAUGAUUUGUUACAUUUGUGAUAUGAAAGCCUAGUCCAGUCUCAUUCGGUGUUCACCCUUAUUAAGAUUUUUGUGGGAGCAGAUCUCAGCUCCGAUUGCCAAAUUAUUAUAUCUUCAGUAUAAGAAAAUGUCACUUAACAGUAUUUCCCAAGGUAGUGAUGUCUCUGUUUUUUGAUAGAGCUCCUUGGUUAAUUGUGUUGUGAUAGCCAUUGCAACCUCAAAAGACUCUUGAGUUAGUCAUCUCAAAUCUGCUUGAGUUUGAUCUCUGCCCUAUCACAGUACAGUCUGACAUUACCCAAGCCUCUGACAACUGUUUAACUGUCAGUGUAGUGGCUUUUGCAUACAUACUUAUGAAAAAUGUUCAAAGUUCCUCUUUCACCCCAAUUGGAGAUACCUGUCCAGCCAAAGAUGGGUCCUGUCCUGUUGUAAGAUGAAGAAAGCAUUUGCCUCAGGCUUCUCACUGUCAUUUAUGAGUUUACCUCAUGAAAGUCUUGGACAGUGAAAUGUCUACUUCUAUUUUUAAAAUCACAGCCUGUAGUAAUGUAGUGUGCAGCGAUUUUUUUUCUUUUUUGUUUUAGGGCACUAAUGGACCACAGCCUGUUUUGACUGUAAAAUUGUGCUUGUUGAAGUAAUGAAAUAAUUUAAUACAUUUGACUGAACAU